UUUUAUAACCAGUCUAUUUACAACGCCUCGACGAUCUUGAUUGAAAUCCGAGAGACGCAAAUUAUCAUAAGUCGAACUGUCAAAAUGCAUGUUCAGCCUUAUUCAACUAUACUAAGGCGCUGUCAGUUAUGUUUAUAUUCAUGUUUAAAGAGGCUGCAAUCUGAAACAUCCAGAAAUCAAAACAUGCGCCUUUAUCGGCAAUUAAAUCGUGCAUUUUUAAGCAACAGGAGGACAUAUGGACAACGUCCUGUGGUCUCAAGCACAAUGGAUGCUGAUGAGAUCAAACAUUUUCGUUCGCUUGCCAACACUUGGUGGGAUGAAACUGGUGAAUUUGAGGCAUUACAUGCUAUGAACAAAAUUCGGAUACCCUUCAUACGUGAUGGUUUAGUUCAGCAGCUAGAGAUGUCCCCAAGGAACCCUGCAGAACCUCUGCAAGGGCUGUCGGUGGUGGAUGUAGGAAGCGGUGGAGGGCUACUGACUGAGCCCAUUGCUAGACUGGGAGCUUUUGUAGUUGGCAUUGAGCCUGUAGAAGAAAGUACUAAAAUAGCACAGUUGCAUUUAGAAGAAGAUCCCAGAUUGCUGCCAAGAGUGAAAUAUAUUACAGGCUCCGUGGAGGAUUUGGUGAGUACAGAAGCAGAGACGUUUGAUGCUGUGGUAGCGUCUGAGGUCGUAGAGCAUGUCAAUGACCUUGAGGCUUUCAUGGCGAGUUGCUGCUCACUAGUCAAGCCCGGAGGUUCCCUGUUUGUGACAACCAUGAAUAAGACGCUGUUGUCAAGAACACUCGCAGUGUUUGGGGCGGAGAAAGUGUUUCGUAUUGUUCCAGAGGGCACCCAUGAUUGGCAGAAGUUUGUGCCCCCCUCAGAUCUCCAGUCCAUUCUUGAAAAAAAUCAUUUUCACACUCGACUGUUACACGGGAUGUUGUACAUGCCAGUACUACGGGAGUGGCGUUGGGUGCCCGACACCAGCAUAAAUUACGCUCUACAUGCUGUAAAAGACUAGACACUUUUCUAGUUGUUGUACACUUUUGUUGAAUAGAUUAUAUUUAAUCUGAAGACUAUUUUUUUCAAUGUGUAGUGAGUUCAAAAGUUGAGUUUUCAUAUCUGAAUGAUAAUCAAUGGUUAUAACUUGAUGUAACAGAAAUAAUUGCCCCACUAGCAGGACGUACAGAGGGCAUAGUUGCAUCACUUAUCACUUGUUUAAUAAAGCUGUUGGUCUGUUUA